AUGAAGUUCCGGCAGAUGCAGGCCAUGCAGCAGCAAGCGACGGAGCCGGCAGCGUCGGCGGCGGCGGCGGUGGCGCAGGGGGUCCAGCCGUUGCCCGAAGGGAGAAAUCCGGCGAGGGACGGUACGGGGGUCGGGUUGGACGCCGCGCGCCGUGGCGUGGCGGCUGGCGAAGCUUACGACGGUUUCCCGCCGAAGAGGCAGCAGGUGGUCGUUCAGCAACCACAACGGGCGCCGCCCGCGGGGGGCGCCCUUCGCGCCGCAGGUGGAGGAGGAGGAGCGGCAAACGCUUCCUCCUACGCCGCCUCCAACAGCGGGCCGAUAGGCGCGGUGCUGAUGCAGCAGGGUGCUGGCGGCGGGAGCGGUGGUGUCGGCGCGCAGGGGCCGGGGCCGGGGGCGCCGCCGCCAAGCAAUCGCCACGAAGGCAUCAGGCAGCGCAUCGAUCGUACGGAGCCGGCGAACAAGUGGGUUGUGCUGGUCGACGCGUCGCUCCGGCUGCCACCCGGCGACGGCACCACGUUCGAGCACUUCACCUGUAUGAUUCAGAACUUUCUCAACAACUACAACGGAGACGUCGGUGCCGAGGUUGCUAGAGCUCUGGGGAGCUGUCUCGAUCCUCGCGUGUUCGAUCCCACGGACAUCAAGCGGGCGCAAGAGAGGAUGGCGGAUAUUUGCUCCCGGUUCCAGGACGGUAGUCAGCAAUGA